AUGAGCUACAUUCACCCCUCAUGGAACUACCAACCCCAUUCGGGUAUCCCAAUGGACCACGCCAUGGCCUAUGACCCGACCAUGGUGCCGCCGCCCAUGAUGCACCACCACCCCAUUGACGGCUAUCUCUACCCUCAUCCACCCAUGGAGAUGCUCGACUAUUACCACCAACCCAUCAUGGACUACGACGAAUACACAGAGAACCUCUCACGCCCUCGCUUGACCAAGGAGCAGGUCGAGACCCUGGAGGCUCAGUUCCAAGCUCACCCCAAACCCAGCAGCAAUGUUAAGCGGCAAUUGGCGGCUCAGACUAACCUAAGUCUCCCUCGAGUAGCGAACUGGUUCCAAAAUCGACGCGCCAAGGCCAAACAACAAAAACGCCAGGAGGAGUUUGAAAAGAUGCAGAAAGCCAAGGCAGAGGCCGAGGAAGCUGCACGACAAAAGUCAGAGACUAUCGAUCAACUGUCCGAGUCUCGCCAGGCCUCAACUGUCAAGGAAGAGUCCGAGGACUCCGCCACCCCCAAGCCAGAGACUACCACCACCGCAUCCACAGCCACCACUUCGACGCCGGAGACCAACAAGGAGGAUGGCAAGACAAAGAAGCACCAGAAGACAAGGAGUGAAUCAGCUCGGGAGGCAACGUUCGCUUCCCUGCAACGGGCAUUGAACGCUGCUUGCGCUGCCCGAGACCGCUUCACGGGCCGCCGAGGCAGCAAGCACGAGGAGGAAGAAGCCGUUUCUCCCACCUCGAUGGCCCCGCCUAGCACUGCCCCCAAGUCACAAGAAAGCAAGGCCCAAACCACCUAUGGGGCUAGCUACCCGGAUUGGCAGAAUAACGAAGAGUCCGCGUCAUGGGCCUCGUCGCAUGGCCAUGCCGAGACGAACUCGUGCCAACCAAUUCCAGAGGUGCCUAGCUCCACGCACUCUGCGCCCCAGAAUGUAGAGGCCUUUGCUGGAGCUCAGUACCCAGCUCAGAAUGAGGAAUGGGCCGAACACUCCAAGAACAAGCUUCCCGGACAUGGGAGCCUCGAGUACAAUAACAUGCAGUACCCGAUGGCCCUGCAGACACCAGAUAUCUCCGUCACUCGACGCGAGUCUUCUGGUGCGCUCACUGCUCUCGAUGGCAUCGGAAUUCACACUGGCGAGUCGGGGAUGCCGCAAUCAUUGGGCCGUAGUGGAGGAGCAUCGUGGAAGGAGGCUGGAAAGGAGCUGGAUCUUGCCGCGCGGCGCAAGCGCCCCCGUCCCGCUGCCAUUGGCACCUCAAACACCCACUCUCUGGCUGUCUCGACUUCUAUGUCUUCCCUUUCCCCCACGAGCCGCGUCCCAAGCUCCGCCGGUGCCGGCAACUCCAUGAGGCACUCCAAGUCAGCCCAAUGUCUCAACACCCGGUAUGCCGGUGUCCGAAAGGCAUCCGCCGCCCAGCGCUCUCCUCUGAACUUCACUUUCGCCGAAUCCGGGUCUAUGAAGGCCAGCAAGGCCGAGAUGCUGCGCCCGUCCGUGUCGUCGUCGAGCCUGGCUCCGCCAACUCCGUUGACCCCUCAAGACUUCCAGCACUUCCUGCCUGCCUCGCCGACGGAAAGCAACUACUGCUUGUCUGCACACUCUACAACUCAGUUCUUCCCUUCCUCCCAGCCGAUGCAAGUAAAUAUCGCGUCGCCCCCUACCACGCCGCUGGAUAUUUACUCUCCCUUCCCAUACCAGCAUGUCGCCCCACCAAUGUCAGCUCCGGCGCAGGUUUCCACAUUCCCCGAGUAUGUGAGCUGUGAUCCGGUGCCCAUGACCGCCCGGAGCUGGGCAGACACUGGCUCUAUUCCCUCUCCCGACUUCCAGAGUAGUCUCCAAGUGGCUCAUUCAAGCACUGUCUCUCCCAUUGCGUUUGAGUCAGCGGUCGACCACUCUGGCCAUGCAUUUGCCAUGGAACCCGUUUCCGGCUCUCCCUCUUUGAUCUACUCGGUUGAAGAUGCGGACAUGCAGGGAUCGGCGGACGCUGGUGAACGGAAGCAACCUGAGUUUAUGAUGCAUGACUACGAGCAGCAGCACGACCCUCGCUUUGCUGCCCAUCACAUGGGCCACAAGGCCAAGGCCUAUACGUUUGCGAACAACACGACCCAGGGUCACUACCCUUCUUGA